AUCGGACAGGAGGAAUCUGGAAUACGAUCUGAUUGGUUGCUCGAUCACGUCGAGGUGGAGGCACCAAAAUUGGGACGGAUUUGGUACUUUCCCUUUGGCCAGUGGUUGGGAAAGAAUGUCGGCGCUGGCCAACUUGAAGUGGAGCUGUAUCCAAAAGACACACUCACAGUCCAGUAUGCCCCCAGUAAGUCUGAUGCAACUGGUCGACGGUAUAGCUCAUAAUCAGAGUUUGUAA